GACAAAACAGUAAUGGCUAAUCAUCCUCACAUGCGCCUGAAUGCCUUUUUUUCGUAACCUUGAAUGAUGACGCACACCACACGUACCACCGCAUGAUGAAGUUACAAUUUAACUAACCACUGCAACAACAAACCAGCUGAUAUACCAAUCGCACCAACACAUCAUCCUCUUUUUUCUCGCCCCCACCCCCUUUUUUAAAAACUUCCGUUUGUUUCUUUUCUUCUUCUUCUUCUUCUUCGAAUAUCAUUGGCGAUGCAUUACUUGGCCUUUGCUGAAAACAUACUUACUUCUGCCGCACACGAUGAUAAUGACAAUACGACUGCAACAACACCCGCUUUUGACGACCAUAACGAGUUUCCGCCGUUGAGUCUGACUGAUGAUGCAUGGCAACUUGUCGACAGAAACGAGGACGAGCCGUAUUGCGUCGUGCAGCAUCAGCAAGAAGAGGACUGGCAAUGUAUCGUCGAUGCUUCUUCCGACCGCGACAACCAAAGGAAGCUACCCCUGUAUGCCCAAAUUGCUGAAGAAGCGGCCAUGCUACCUUUGCCAGUUUCUGCAUCACAAAAGAAACGGUCCCCACCAGCAAGACGUCCAUUGAUUCCCAAGUCUGGCACUGUCAGCAGGGACAACGCCAAGCCAAAGGGGAUGGAUGAAGAAGUCGGGGAUGAGUUGUUUUCACAAUACAAAUCAUCAAACUGGUUACGUCGCCGUUAUCGACCUCGUUACCUUCAUCAUCAUGCGCAUAAUCAAAAACACUCUUUUCUCCGCUCGUAUCACCAUAACCACCACCACCAUCAUGACCACCAGGAUCCUACCACCGCCAAUACAAAGACGACACAGCAGAAGAAGAAUAAGCAUACCAUCAAGCGACGUGCACGAGCAAAGAAGCAGCCCACAAGGACAUGGAUGGAGCGAGAGAAUGGAUGGGUGCCGAUUCAUGCAAAGUUUCGCAACAAAUAGCAUAUAAUGUCAUACAUGAUAAGAAGAACUAUUGCUAAACCUCGUAUACUUAAACAAGAUCAUCUCGUAGAAUAUAACGUUGUACACAUCCAGCAGUAUCCCAGCCUCAAUAGCUUAACUUUAGUACCAUGCAUGUCUGUAUAUCCAUACAAGAAAACCAGAAAAAAAAACUACUACAAUUGCUUAUUGGUGACAAUCAAGGAUAUUCUCAUGUACUUUACAAUCACAUCAGUUCCAGUGCCAUGAUAUAUGAUCCUGUCUUUGUCUCAAUUGUGCCAAAGAUGCAUUUCUGAGAUCA